AUGCAAAACACUCUGCAAAGUACCGUGAAGCUCACGCCAGCUGAGGAGAAGCUCUUCGCCUUCCUCUUGGACGUGGCCGCCCAGCCCGCAGCUGACGGCGCAGUGCUCCGAGUUGCUGGUGGCUGGGUACGCGACAAGCUGCUAGGCCGAGACAGCGAUGACGUGGACAUCGUGCUGGACCGCAUGACGGGACGCGCUUUUGCGGACCUAGUGAACGCAUUCGAGACGGCACAAGGCCGUACAGCGCGAACUGUGGGUGUCAUUAAGGCCAACCCGGAUCAGAGCAAGCACUUGGAGACGGCCACCAUGCAGAUCGGAGAAGAUAUGGGCUGGGUGGACUUCGUCAACCUCCGAGCUGAGACGUACGCGUCCGAGGACAAUCGUAUUCCGACCGUGGAGAUCGGAACACCCCAACAGGACGCCGAGCGCCGCGACUUCACCAUCAACAGUCUCUUCUACAAUUUGGCUACGAAGCAGGUGGAAGACUACACAGGUCGGGGCGUCGAAGACUUAAGGCACGGACGUCUGCGUACACCUCUAGAACCGCGUGUUACGUUUCUGGAUGAUCCACUGCGUGUACUGCGUGCCGUGCGCUUUGCCUCCCGUUUUAACUGCACGCUAGAGGACGAUCUACGCGCUGCAGCGCAAUUGGAGGAAGUCAGAGUGGCGCUCGUACGCAAGGUGAGUCGCGAACGUGUAGGUAAGGAGCUCUCCGGCAUGCUCACGGGUAGUGCUGCGCAUCCUGAACGUGCGUUGUGCUUGCUACACGACCUGCAUCUGUGCGAGAGCGUGUUCCUGCCCUCGGCUCUGCUAGAGAACACACCCACCUGUAGUCCAGACGGUGAGUUGGAGAGCAUUGAUGAUAAUGUGUGGGAUCGUUGCUACGCGUACAAAAAGCAUGAGCUUUCAGUCCACAUCUUGGCUUCUCUAAUGCUGCCAUUCCGUAGACUCUGUGUGCGUGACAAGCGCCGCCGCUCAGUGGCUACGUUCGUGGUGCAAGACUCGCUCAAGCUGCCUAACCGCGAUGCUAAGGACGUGGACAAUGCAUUGGCUCAUGUUGAUAAACUCCAACAGGCAACAGCAGAUGCAUUCGACCGUGUCAAGGCGGGUCUUCUUAUCCGCAGCAUCGGUGCCCAGUGGGAGAUCUGUCGUGAUGUUGCACUAGUGCAAGAACUCGCGGAUGCCGGGUCGGUAGAUGAAGCUGCAGAGGCCCGUGCCUUGGUGUUGAAGCGUUACGACACUUUCAGCUCACAGGUCCGAGAUGCCGGCUUAGAUGGCGUUUGGGAACUCAAGCCGCUGCUCAAUGGUAACGACCUGGUGAAGCAGCUUGGCGUGAAACCUGGCCCGCACAUGAAGGAGCUGCUCGAUCGUAUUAUGGCGUGGCAACUCUUUAAUCCUGAGAAAACUCGUGAUGAGUGUAUGGAUCACUUCAAGGCAGUAAUCGCUGCUGAGGCGAAGUAGGAUUGCAGCAAUAGAAAGACUUGGAUGCAGACACGUAGGUAGUCGGAUUACUAGAUACACAGAUGCAGGCUGUACUCCCUUCUAUCUAGAUGACGGCGCUGAAGUCGUUGCGCUUGUCGCCUGACACCAGCAGUUUAUGAGGAAACGAAGCGUUCUCGUCCACAGUCUCGAUCCGCUCCAGGCAGAAGAAAGCCACUUUGGGCGAGUCUUUGGUCUCUCGCACGCGGAAGCCCACGGCCUCCAAGAUCUUGGUGAAG